AGUUAAUCUGAGGAAAACAUGGGUUUUUCCCUGGGUCUGCUCUGCUCCAUAUGUUCAUGCCCAAGUAGCAGGGUUUUGGUGUUUGGUUUUAUGUUGUGGAAGACAGUUAACUUCAGGAUUUUUUUUCUUUGAUCCUUUAGCUCUGUCAACUUCCUUGGAUAUUGGGCUGAGUAACUGGAGCUUCCUGUACAUCACUGUCUCCCUUUACGUGAUGACCAAAUCCUCUGCCAUUCUCUUCAUCCUGCUUUUUUCACUGCUCUUCAAGCUGGAGGAAGUGAGGGUGGCAUUGCUGGUGGUGGUUCUGCUCAUCGUGGGGGGGCUCCUCAUGUUCACUUACAAGUCCACACAGCUCAGCACCCAGGGCUUCAUGCUGGUGCUGUGUGCCUCCCUUGGGGGUAUUCACUGGACCCUCAUGCACAUACUUAUGCAGAAGGCUGAGCUGGGUGUAACCCCACUGAUACCAUGUUUCUUUUACCUGCAGCCACUCAGGUUCCUGGGGCUCUUCCCUCUCUUUGUGGUGUUUGAUGGCCUGCCUUUGUCUGUGUCAGAGAAGCUCCUCCAUUUCCAUGAAGCAGGAAUGCUGUUCUCUCUGGUAGGGAAGCUUUUCUUGGGUGGAAUUCUUGCCUUUGGUCUAGGCUUUUCUGAGUUCAUCUUGGUUUCCAGAACAUCUAGCCUCACCCUUUCCGUUGCUGGCAUUUUUAAGGAAAAUUGCAUUUUAUUCCUCGCCACACAUUUGCUGGGAGACCGCUUCAAUCUCUUGAACUGGCUGGGUUUUACUGUUUGUCUGUCAGGAAUCUUUCUUCUUGUCAUUCUCAAAGCCAUGAAUUCCAAAGGUGAAGAAGCACCGAAGCUACAGGAAGAGGCCAGCUCUGACCCUGACCUGGAGCUGCUGCUGUGCCACUCUGAAUGUGGUGAGGAGGAGGAAGAGGAUGUUGAAACCCCACAGCAGCACUGACUGAUAACGAAGCACAAAGGCCCCUGCCCUAUUCUUAUCCCACCUGCCUGACAGCUCUCUAGGAGGAAGGUCCGAGAGUCUCUCUGUGAGCACCCAGAGGAGAGCCAGGGCCUGGCAAGAGAGCCCUGAUGUUCUGCUGCAGCAUGGAUCUGUAGAUGCUGCUCAAGAAAGAGGCGAUGUCCUUUCAUAUCCCCUUUGCAGAGAGCAAACUUGGAAGAUGAGCCAUGGUUCAGUGGAAGGAGAACGACGUGGUGAGACUGGGAGAUGCUGUGGGAAGCUUAUUAGGGUGUCCUGAAGUCUGUAAGGAGAGUGUAGACCAUGAGCUCUAGGGUAAGCAUGGCCAUGUCUGGACAGAUGGCUCAGUGGUUCAGGGGUGAUUGUAGCAUUGGCUUUGUCUUCAACAAAGAAGGUAGAUUUACCUUCUCAUGCUUGCUUUAUGGUUCUGCUGGGAGGAACUCGCAUCUUGGUGGGAGCAGAUGACUACAUAAAAAUCCAUAGACUUGUCCAAGUGAGAAGGAGCCUUUGUGCCUGGUGACCUUCGUGUUCUGUGUGCGUAGUAAGGAGAGAAUUAAAUGCUGGUAUCUGGGACCAAUUGAAUGAGGUCAAAUGAUGUUGGCUGGAGGAAAGACAGGGAUGUAUGAGCACUUCUGGCCCUACAGGCCAAGAGGAGAGAGAGCAGUAUCCCAGGAGAUGUAGCCUGAGCCAUAAGCUUAUCAGAAAGUAUAUGGGUAUUUGGGGGGGUGGGGUGUGUUUGUUUUUUAAAUAAACUAUUUCUCUGA